ACUGGCGAAGCUUCCUCCAUGGUAUAAUACAGAGACCAUGGCACGUGUGAUGAGAGUAUUAAUAAGGGAGAGGAAAAUAAAUCAAUGAUGCGUGUGAUGCUGACGGGGUCAAAGAUGCUACUCGAGUCUCUCCAUUAGCAUCAGAAAGGCCAAGAUGGCGGCCAUCUUGGUGAAAAUGUCAUCACUGCUCUCCACCAACGCUCAUCAUUUGUCCACCAUCCUGGUGUUUUUUGCUCUGUUCACAUUGUCAGAUUCCUCACCGGGGACCGUAGCCAAUUCACCGCAUCACGUAGUAGUCGAGCCGGGAUUCCUGUUCGUGAAAUUACUCCAGCAAUAUUCGAAGAUCAAAACGCAGUUGAUUUCGUGUUCGCUCGCCGCAUCAUUGGGAGGAGGUGAUGAUGCGGUCUCCCACAUAAACGGACCCCCGUUGUCGUCUUCUACGGCGGGGGGCUCGAGCCGCUGUUUGACCGGCAGUGGGGUGAGCCUGGACACAGACAGUCUGAUCGAUGUACGGGUUAGCGGUGACAUCGCGGACAAGUGUAAACACGGCGGGAACAAUCUGCUCCGGUGUCUCUCCAAUGAUGCCUUUGUCAAUAAGAUCCUGGGCAACUUUAUGGGGGGAUUGAGACCCGGAAUCCUCAGGAUGUGCUGCAUCUUAGAUGGGUGUGGCUUCGGGGUAGAUGUGGGAGGGGACAGGGAGGACAAUGCUUGCUUGAGUUGCCUGUCUGGUGCAGAUGGCAUAAUGUUUACCCGUAAGAAUAAAACACCGGACCAAUCGUCUUUCCUGCAAUCUCUGUCAAGAAUGUUAUGCACCGAUCUCAAAUUCAACAACAUGCCGUGCACCAAGCUCAACCUUGUGGCCCUCAACCUCCUGUCAGGACCGGCUGAUCAAACGAUUCUUGAAGGAGCGGCUGACGUCAUCAGACAGUGUAACCCAUCGUUCUCAACCGAAAGCAUUAGGCUAUUCCAGAUGAUUAUAGGAAACCUAAGCCACAACGAUACCUUGAGAAUUAAGGCUUUGCUGGCACCACACGGGUCAGAGGUCAAACAACCACAUCCGGUCAAGUAUAUUUCAGGAGACAACAGUGUAAAGAAAGAGAGGAUGAGUGACUUAACGGCUCGAGCCAAGACUGGUCUGGUGGUCAUGGGGAUCCUGGUCGCUAUUAGUCUCUUCCUCGGGGCGUGGGUCAUCUACCAACGAGCCAAAGCCUACUACCAUCCCAACGAGGCCGUGCGCUACUCGCAGAUCAACAUAAACGAUAUCUACAUAGACGACCAGAAUCGAGACGACGACGAGUACGAGGAUGACGGUGACCCCGGGGAAGGAGUCCCUACGCCGUAUCGUUCGUGAACAUGAUGCGGGUAACCCGUGGGGUGUGGCGUGAGCGAUUUUUUGCCAACAAUUUGGAAAUGUUGGCAACACGUAGAGACUUAUACCGCAGCCAUCGUUGUUUCUUCCCAAAGCAGUUUCAAGAUUAAAAUAUAAUUAUGCGAGGUGCGCGGUGACGUCAUCCCAACCCUUAACCAAAUAAUUAUAUGCAAAACACGAGUUGCGCGCGUACCGCCGGGCAGAUUUCGUAAUGAGGACUGUUUAUAGAUGUAUAAAUUAAGGGCACUAAUUCGUCUCUUUGUUAUGCUUAAAGGCACUAGACACUGUUGGUAAUUACUCAAAAUAAUUGUGAGCAUAAAAACUUACUUAUAGUAAC